AUGGGUUAUGCUAAGGUACUUCUAGGUGUGCUCCUAGUCUCUGCUCUGGCCACCACAUUAACCGCUCAGCCACUGGCACCAUUCAAAUGCAGCAAAGCGACCGCCAAGUGCACCGCCCUGAUCGACUACGUGUCUCCCAGCAAUACCACCCUCUCCUCCAUCAAAGAUCUUUUCCAAGUCAAGAAGCUCCGCAACCUCCUCGGCGCCAACAACUUCCCAAGCACCACCUCAGAAAAGCAGACCAUCCGCGCUCACCAGAAGAUUCGAAUCCCCUUCACCUGCGCCUGCUCCAACGGCACGGGUCUCUCUAACCGCAGCCCCGUCUACACCGUCGGCGGCCGCGAUGGGUUGUACCACAUCGCCGCCGAGGUGUUUUCUGGACUGGUAACAUUCCAGGAAAUUGCGGCCGUUAAUGGGUUGGUUGAUGUGAACAAGAUUGAGGUGGGGCAGAAGCUGUGGAUCCCACUUCCAUGCAGCUGUGAUGACGUGGAUGGGGUCAAGGUCGUCCAUUAUGGACAUCUGGUGGAUGGUGGGAGCACGGUGGAGGGCAUAGCGGAGCAGUAUGGGACGACGUCGUCUACUCUGUUGAGCCUCAAUCAGAUGACUAAUGCUAGCGAUCUUAAGGCCGCUCAAGUUCUUGAUGUCCCCCUCAAAGCUUGUACAUCAAGUGUAAGCAGCAACUCCUUGGACUUCCCUUUUCUUGUUGCCAAAGACACUAAUUUGUACACUGCUAGAACUUGUAUUAAGUGCACAUGUGGCCCGGCCAACAACUAUACCUCACUACAAUGCAAGCCUUCUGGACUAAAACCAUUGUCCAACUGGAUGACAUGCCCUGCCAUGCAAUGUGAAGGUGAAGGCAAUCCAUACAUUGGCAACGUAACUUCUUCAGGGUGCAGCCAAACAACCUGCGCCUAUUCUGGUUACGACAACCAAACCAUUUUUACGAGCCUUGUCACAGAGUCCACUUGUCCAGGUUCGGGCAGUUUGCAGUGA